AUGAGUUGGUUUGUUCUCCUUUUGAUAUCUGCAGUGGAUUUAGCCGCAGUCUUUUUCAAUGUCCGACUGCUAAGAAUCUGCUUCAAAGACAAAUCGAAGUACGAGUUUCUUGAAAAGUGCAGGUUACUGGCCAUUUGUCAAGGCGCUAGCCAAGUCAUAAUUCUUGUUGCGGAUUCUGUAGAAUGGUGGAAUGGACUCACUAUUCUCCCUGGUGAAACAUGCAGCUUCUUCAGAGUCCUGUGUCUUUCUGUGGUGUUCUACCAGACUUGUAAUUUGACGGCGAUGAUGACUGUUUACUAUGAACAUCUUGAGGGAAAUCAAAAGCAACUGCCAUUUACGAAAGUCCGAAUAUUUGCCGCACUUUGUCUUGGAUUCGUCGGCUCAGCAAUGAUCUUGUGGCACAACUUUUUCUCAUAUGCGCUGAUUUCUGAAGUAAUCUUCAAACUUGCCUUCUUUGUGACUGUAUCACUCGUCCUCUUUCUCUUUGCUGUGACUCCUACCAAAGCAUCCAAAAACCUCGAAAUCGAUUCAACAGAAUCACAGUCAGCGACUAACAAUUGUUUGUCACCGUGGAAAGUAUGGAAGGAGAACAAGAUGCCCAUAUUUUUCACAAUGUUAUUUCUAGCUUGUCUGAUAUUAAUUCUCAGCGGGGUGCAGUCUGAAUCACUGCUGUAUGAAGAUUUGGAAGAAGUCGCAAUUUUCAAGGAGGUUAUGUUUUCAGCGAUUACCAAAUUUGCUGUCGGAAUCGUUUUACCGGUGACUUUGCAUGAUUUGAUAAAUUCGAGCUAUGUGGGCAACAAAUUUAAAACUGUAACUGCAUCUGUUUUAUAA